CCAUUCAUUCACUGGAAUACUGUAGAAUGUUUAGCUAUAACACUCCAGAUGGUCCCUCUCUCCUACAAACCCUGUCCCUGUCUUCAUUUCAUAAGAUCUCAGUCUCUCCUGAUUUAAUGAAACUCUGUAUCUCCACUAAAACCCACCACAUCAUUGCUGUCGAUUUAGGUAUUUAUUUUACCAUGUUCUACUCGCAUUAUUCUAAAAUUUCCAUCAAAAGUCGACGAAGAGGGUCCCACCCAUCCAGUGGCUCCAGGCCCCGCCCAUCAGCCAAGAGGAGGAGCUAGAGAGAGGGAGGUAUGAUGGACUGAUAAGACGAGAAAAAGGAGCAAAAUACGUCGGACCUUUUGUUGACCAUUUUUCCGUUGCUAAGCAAUGCAGUAGACUAAUGAGGAACAUUGAUAGGAUGAAUUUUAACGAGGGGCGUGGCCUCUCAUUGGGUGGGGUUUUCAAACUACUGAAGAACACGACAAACCAGUCAAACUGGUUUUAGACGACAAGUGGUACAUGACUAGUAGAGGGGCGUGGCUUGGUAAAUGAGUGGGUGGAGACUGGGAGGAGUCUAGCAAUGUUUAUAUAACUAGUAUGAGAAAAACUAAACUGUUGAAUAUAAAAAAGGAGGACAUGUUCUCAAGCCACACCCACUCCGGCACUAGUUACCCCAUACAGUGUAUACUCCCUCCAGCUGAAGGUCAUGUGAUCAGUGACUCUGCCCUAUUGUACCCCCACUAUAAUAACGGAUUGGUAAUAGUGCAUUAUGAUAAGAAUGGGAAUAAAAAAAUGAGGAAUGAAGAACAGGAACCAAAAACUACCAAUUUACUUGUCAUUUAUAAGGUUCUGAGAGAUACUAUUUAUUAGCCGAUUGAGUCAUUAAAUAUAAUUAAUUGAUGGUGUGGUCUUAUAACAUACUUUUUAGUUUGUCGUGUUGGAACUAGUUGAUCCUGCCCACUAAUGAAGACAAACCAGUUUAUCUGGUUUCUGAUAGUUCACUAUAAGUGUCGGCUUUCCUUUUAUCACAAGAAGACUUUGUUAGCAAAAGUGUUAAUGUAUGGUAGUGUGUCAGUAGCUGAGGAGGUGUGUCACUUGAACCGCUGGGACCAAUGUUCCCUCCCUCUCAAUGCACUGGAGACUGGAACUGAGGCAGUUGGACGUAGUGUCAUUCUUCCUUAAGGAACAGAGGUUCAGAUAUAUCUGUACAGUCACUUAGCCACUGAGUUCUGUAUGUCUAAACUGCGCACUACAUCACUUGAUUUACGUGACAUUAUUGGAGUGAACCAGUUAAUGUUCAUUCUUAAGGAACACUACACACUAACUAAUGGAAGGGAAACUAACAAAGACUAUUAGGCCAUAUCUUAUACUGAUGAUUAAACAAUUUGUUACUAAAGGUAAAGAAACACGUUUGGAUGAACUAGUAUCAAUAUGGAACUUCUUACUGUCAACUACACACACUCAGUUAGAGGCUCAGUUGUCCGAUGCUUUCAAAGAGGACGAUGAAGAAGAGAAAGGUUUUGUGUCUCUCUCUGUUCGUGAGACCAACAGUGAUAGUGAUAGUGAUGAUAGAGAUGAGUCUCGUAGAAUUGGAGUCCUGACACACCUCCAGUUUUGGGACAUGAUCAUAUCAAUCCAUUGGCUAGUUUUGAGUCGAGUAUAAUAUCAGUUGAUCUUAGCAGUAGUACCUUAAUGAGUACCUCAGUAGUUGAAGUUGAGGUAAUUAACAUUAAUUACACAGCUACAUGUAUGUAUAUGUAUAUGUACUUGUACUUGUAUAUAUGUACAUGUGCAUGGUCAUAACCAAAUUGUUGUGCUCAUACUCAAUGUAUUAACUUGUAUGAAAAUUGAGAAUUUGAAUUCUCUACCUUUUAAUUUUGGUGAAAUUUGGCUAAAGUCCCUGUACUAAGUUUAUUAACAAUUUUUCAAAACAGAUGAGUAGGAUCCACUUUGUGCUAAUUUGUCAGAAAAGUAAUGGGAAUAAGGACAAGUAGGAUUCCAAAUGACCAACGAAAAUACGAAAUGAAAAUCAUACUGUCGUGAUGUAAAUUCUACUCUACAUUGUACUUUCAACAUUAUUAUAAUAAGAAAUUACAGAUAAUCUUG